AUGAAACUUUGGCGUUGUGCAAAGCGAGAUUGCGGCGUACUUUUACAUACCUAUCUCAAUGAUGAAUUUAAAUGUUUUUCUGGAAAGAAGGUUAACCAUACGCAUUUGCCAAAUCCUGCUGCGAUAGAAAUACGUGACGCGAAAGAGAAAAUGCGACAAAGAGCGGAAAAAGAAUUAGCACCAUUACAAGAAAUUGCUGAACAAGAGAUUCGAAAUGGUUUGUUAAGCGGUGAUGCUUUAGCUAAUCUACCAAAUAUCUUCGAAAUCGGUUGGGGUUUAGGCCACAUUCGUCGAAAACAGAUUCCACCAAUACCAAAUUCAGCAUCUUUUAUCAUACCAGAUUCAUAUACGAAAGAUCAUCUUGGUGCUAAUACUCUAUUACUAAACGACAGUGAAAAUCCGCAGUUCAAAGUCGAUUCAUCAGACGGUAUACGACCGUCAGGAAGAGUUUUAAUGUGGUCGUCAGACAUUCAACUUCGUUUGUUAUUCAACAGUGAACGGCUACACAUGGAUAGUACUUUUUCAACUUCACCUCCACAUUUUGAACAGGUCUUCAUUAUACAAUCAAUACAUCAUGGAACAUGUGUACCAGCCGUCUAUGCGUUUCUUCCUGGUCGAAAAGCACAAACAUACUUAUACCUAUUCAAUGUUUUAUUUAAUCAAGCGAAAAAAUUUAAUCAAGAAUUGGAUCCUGUCAACAUAAUGACGGAUUUUGAGUCGGGUCUUAUAAAAGCAAUUUCAAUUGGGUUUUCGGAAAGAACCACCCAAAAAGGAUGCUUUUUUCAUUUUUGUCAAUCCAUUUAUAGACAUGUUCAGUGGUUGGGUUUAUCAUCAAGUUACAUUAAUCUUAUGAUUCGAAAUGUUAUUAAACAAGCAAUGGCGUUGGCAUUAGUACCUCCAUCGUGUGUUCAAGUUUUGUUUAGUGAACUUGGUGAAGAACUAACUGACGACGAACGUGAGGAAAUUUCUGGUCUGUUGAAAUAUAUCGAUAGACAGUGGAUGCGCCAGAUAUCAACAUGGAAUGUAUAUGAGUUACCUGAUCGAACAAACAACUAUAGUGAAGGCUAUAACAAUCGAUUCAAAGAACGCUUACAUAAGACUCACUCGAAUAUUUGGAUAUUUAUGGAUUCUAUUCGACACGAAACAAAUACAAUUCAUGAUUUAAUUCAGCAAAUACACAGUGGAAUGCCGCCUCGAACAAAAAGAUCUCAAACUAGAACUGCUCAGCAACGUAUGACCGAACUGUGUAAUCGAUUUAAUCAAAAUGAAAUUACAAUGAGAGAUCUUUUACGUGGUCUUUCUUUUUAUGUCGCUAACCAGAAAUAA